UUUCAAAUACUGAUUGACAUUGAAUUCCACCAAUGAGAAAAAUUCUUCUUUGACCUGAGGCAAGAAGAUUCCUUUCUUUAACGUCGUGCAUGGCGUGGGCAAAGUGUAGUGACGCUUGAAGUCCAUGUGACAUUUUUUUAAAAAGUGAAUUUACUGGACCUGCUGAAGAAUUUGCUGCUUAUAACUAUUAAUAAAACAAGAAUAAAAAGACCUGCUGCUUUUUUAAAAGCUGCUGCAAAUUUCUUUUGGUGGUAAUUUUAUGAACUAAAGUGUCGUCCAUCAUUCCAAACAGAACUAUGCACACUCGGCCAUUAGUAGCACUUUUAGAUGGCAGAGAUUGCUCUGUCGAAAUGCCCAUUCUUAAAGAUGUGGCUACAGUAGCAUUCUGUGAUGCACAAUCCACUCAAGAAAUUCAUGAAAAAGUUCUAAAUGAAGCAGUAGGAGCACUAAUGUGGCAUACCAUCACUUUAACAAAAGAAGAUUUAGAUAAAUUCAAGGCAUUGAGGAUUAUUGUUCGGAUAGGUUCGGGUGUUGACAACAUUGAUAUCAAAGCAGCUGGUGAAUUGGGUAUUGCUGUUUGCAACGUUCCAGGCUAUGGAGUUGAAGAAGUUGCUGAUACUACCAUGUGUCACAUUCUUAAUUUGUAUCGUCGUACUUAUUGGUUGGCAAACAUGGUUCGAGAAGGAAAAAAGUUUCAAGGUCCAGAACAAGUUCGAGAAGCUGCUCAAGGAUGUGCAAGAAUUCGUGGCGACACACUUGGCAUCAUUGGACUUGGUCGUGUAGGAACUGCCGUAGCCCUUCGUGCCAAAGCUUUUGGUUUCAAUGUUAUAUUUUAUGAUCCGUAUCUCCCAGAUGGCAUUGAAAAAUCUUUGGGUUUGACUAGAGUAUAUACAUUGCAAGAUUUGCUUUUCCAGAGCGAUUGUGUAUCUCUUCACUGUACUUUAAAUGAGCAUAAUCAUCAUGUGUUUAAUGAAUUUACCAUCAAACAAAUGCGUCCAGGAGCGUUUUUGGUCAAUACAGCUAGAGGUGGUCUUGUUGAUGAAAAUGCCCUGGCUGCUGCUUUGAAAGAAGGCCGAAUUCGAGCGGCUGCAUUGGAUGUCCAUGAAAAUGAGCCAUAUAAUGCCUUAGCUGGUCCUCUAAAAGAUGCACCAAAUCUCAUUUGCACUCCUCAUGCUGCUUGGUACAGUGAUGCCAGUGCAACAGAAUUGCGCGAAAUGGCUGCAAGUGAAAUUCGUAGAGCUAUUGUUGGUCGAAUCCCAGACUCACUCCGAAAUUGUGUGAACAAAGAUUACUUUGUGAGCAGUCAAUACGGAGAUGGCAUGAAUGGAGCUGGCAGGUAUAACUACAAUCCAAAGGGGGUUCCUCAUUCCACCACUCUAGAACCCUUGUCUACAUCACCAGCUAUUCCUGUACCUCAUUCGCAGCCUCAUUCAACUCUUCAAGAUACACCUAAUCAUUUGGUUCCAAAACCUGAGAGCUCUGAAGUCCAUUAAAAUUCCUCUGUGCCAUGAAGUUGUAUCCCACCUAUCUGUGCAGAAAAAUCUGGGCUGUUUGCCGUGGCAGCUUUAACAGUCCCUCACAGAUUGUUACAACAGCUCCAUACUUAGUCUUUUCAAAGAAAGAAUUAGCCAUCCAGAAUGCAAUUUUAAGAACUUUUGGCCCUUGGGGGAUGAAUGUCUUCACUCUCAAUGUUAAACGUUUUUAUUAUAUAUUUGUAAUAAAAAAUAAAUCAAAAUAAUGACA